AUGGCAUCUGAGACUACGGCAGCACCAGAGCCUAUCAAGGACAUCGACUUUGACGGAGGCGACGCUCCUGAGGGCACCGUCUGGGUCAAGUGGGACGUCAACAAUGGCAGAGAUCGCACCCAUGAGCCCUACGUGGGCAAUGUCUACCAGCUCGAAGGCACGCCCGAAAUCCAGGGAGUUGAAAUCAAAAGCGGCAGUCGGGUUUCCCUGCUCUGCUGGACGAGCAGCUAUCCCAAUGGUAACCCGGCUCUUGUCGUUGAUGGGCCAACGAAUGGCAAGCACAAAGUCAACAAGAUCCGCUUGGGCUGCUAUCGUGUUGAUCCCCGUUAA